ACGCUUUUCACAGUCGGCUCGAGUCGUUAUACCAGCAUCGCCACAGUGGCUAAGCUCCCGCUAAAUGGCAGCAAGUCCUCACGCCCUGGCGGACGACAGACCUGCUCUACAUUCCGAAAACUAUCAGACACAAUCGAAAAAGAUCUCGCAUCCCAUCUCCAUUUGCCCGCCAUGGCUCAGCUCUACAGCGACCUCGACGACGAGAUCGGCCAAUUUUUUGCGCAGGCAUCUGCUUCCAGGGCAGAAUGCGACGAUCUAGCCCGCACGACAUUCGGAGGGCUAGUCGAACCAGUUUCAGUCCAAGGGGCGACCAGCUACACCGUGGUAGCAGGGCUAAAUAGAGAGAAGAUUGUCCAGUUCCGAAACAUGGACGCCCAGCUAGACAUGAGAAUGUUGGACCUAGCUAGACAGGUUCAUGGAGACGUUGUGCCUGUAGGUGCUGCUCUAGGCCAAAUUGGUAACGACGCGCAAGGACAGCUCGCUAUAUAUGAGAUGGACAGACUCCCGGGAGACAACUAUGCCUUGGUGCGCACGUCUCUGGCGGAGGAACCCCAAAGCCAGUUGGCCGCCGUACACAGCCUGGCGAGCUUCUUUGCGCAGGCCUGGCGCAGGCCGGUGGCUCUAGAUCAGCCUGCUAUCUCUGCAAUUGCUACCGAGUUCUCUAGUAGGCUCGACGCCGUCUCUUCCUCCGGCGUUCUCACCGAUCGCUUUGGGCCAGCCCUCGACGAAGUGAGGGAGCAUUUGCCGACGCUCGUUUCCGGAGAUUUUCCACUGGCGCUCACUCACAGCGACCUCAACGAGCUGAACAUCCUCGUCGACGGCGGUAGCGGCAUUAUCACAGGAGUCAUAGACUGGACUGACGUGGGGAUCCAGCCCUUCGGUUUCACCCUGUACGUGCUGGAAAAGUUUAUUGGCAGCAUGGGCCGUGAUGGAUGGAUCUAUCUCGACAACGCCGGCGUGCUGAGGGAUGAAUUCUGGAAGGCAUUCGCCCACCACGCUGGGCGAGUGUCCCGCUCACAGAUGAAGAGUAUUGAGGCAGCGAGAAAGGCAGGAUAUUUCCUCCGGUACGGAACAUUCUACAACAGUGGGCAGAAGGGAGUUGUAGGGGUCGAGAACAUGAGCAUUGAGAAGAGACGUCUGUAUCUGGAGGCAAUUCUUUAAAGGUGGCCGAACGAAAUCCUGGGCAACCCUCGGCGUUCCAUGCCUAGCUGCAGUAAUGACCGUUCUGAACUUAAUUCUCCAAG